GUGGAGCCUGCGGAAGACGGCGGCGGCACCUGCGAGCGGAAGCCGAGGCAGGGCAUGGUGGUGCCGACGGCCGGGUGAAAAAGCAAAGCUGCUGCGGGGUCCGCCAUGCGCCGGCGGCCCUGACAUGGGCGCCAGCGGCUCCAAAGCUCGGGGCCUGUGGCCCUUCGCCUCGGCGGCGGGGGGCGGCGGCCCGGAGGCUGCGGCCGCUGAGCAAGCUUUGGUGCGUCCGCGAGGCCGAGUCGUGCCCCCCUUCGUAUUCACGCGCCGAGGCUCCAUGUUCUAUGACGAGGAUGGAGAUCUGGCUCACGAAUUCUAUGAGGAGACAAUCGUCACCAAGAACGGGCAGAAGCGGGCCAAGCUGAGGCGGGUGCAUAAGAACCUGAUUCCUCAGGGCAUCGUGAAGCUGGAUACCCCCCGCAUCCACGUGGAUUUCCCUGUGAUCCUCUAUGAGGUGUGAGCCUGGGGGGCUGCAGUCCUAAGCAUCUCCUGCCUCAGCAAGAAACCCUCAGGCUCAAGGUGUGGCUUCCACUGAGGAACCUAGGCUGAAGCCACAAUCCUGAAUAAACUCCAUUGGCCUGGAACCUUCAGCUGUGAGCCAGGCAGUCCUGCAAUGUUGGUUGGGUGCUGGUUUGUCUUUGAUUAAGAGGUGGCUGGUGGCUGGUGAGGGCUAAUAGCAGAGUUACCAGCCCACCUUCCCUGGCAAUCCCUAUAAAGAGCAUGGCAGGGCAUAUGCUGAUUGGGAAUGUAUUAUUCCUGUGCCCUUACCUGGCCUGCUUUCUUCCAAGCUUGCCUAGGGCCCAACCCUACUAGGGGCUACAGCACUUUACAAAUAAGGUCUUUCUUCCAGCCCCUGGCUGUGGGAGCUGUACACAAGUGGGAACUUCCUUUCCCUCACUUCCUCUACCCAUUCGUUGGAACAUUUCAGCCGUUUGCUACCUCGAUUCCUCCUCUGUUGGACAGAGGCUGGGGGCAACGCAAGCCUGAUUCUUCCUACCUACCUGCCCAUGUGUUCCCACCCCCAGAUGGAUGGACAGUUUGCUGGCUGUUAAUAGGAGUAGGGACUGGUGUGGGAGGUUUCUCUCUCUACCUAGGACUGGGCUGAUCCCUCCCCACUGCAACUAGUUGUCCCUUGAGUCAUCCUCUGCCCCCCUCCCUGAAUUGAGAAGGCAUAGGAUGGGAUCAGGAAGGGCUAUGGAUGCCUGUGCCUAUGAGAAGUUGCCCCUACCCACCUAUUCCAUCUAAUCUCCCUUGCUUUUUGCACCAGGUCCCCCCCCCCCC